AUGGCGUCGGCCAACGCUGCGCUGUCCGACAUUCACGAGGUACGCAUCUCGCGCAAGGCUAGCCUGACCUCCAAGCUCAUGCGGACGCAGCGAUUCCACAUUUUGCGAGAUGAGAUCGAAAAGGCGAUGGGCAACAUGUUCAACCGGUACCCGCACCAUCUCGUACAGCUCCAAAGCGAGCUGGUCCAGCUGUGCGAGCAGCUUCUCUCGUCCUGGCUCGGACCAAGCACAGGACAAGACGAAGUCGAAACGGCUGCAUGGAGCUCCAGCGAUGCUGCUCUGGGAACUGCUCCAUACAGGGAGCGAGAUCUUCCAAGCUGCUUCCAGGAUCGUCCUCGUUCAACAAAUACAGGCAGGUUGUCAAUGAGUCAGAUUGACGAGGUUCACGCUCGCAAUACACGAGCAUCCACAAUAGACAAUUCACAAGACACUCGGCGUAUACUGAUUCCAACCCCUGUGAUGACGGAACAUAUGCCCCUCUCCACCAGUCUCGACGCGAUAUCGGGUUUCGCUGCUGACGACCACCUCAAUGACAGUCUCAGCAGUGGUCAAUUGUCUCGGCUUCCCAGCUAUACAAUCUCUCCAGUCGUCAUCCGCGAGCAGAUCAAGACCAUGGUUCUGCCGCAUCAGAUAUCCUGCUGGUCACUGCUACUUCGCCUCUUCUACGCAACCGGUAGUCCCGAAGCCUUCCUCCAACUCAGAGAUGCAUGCCACUUUACACGGAGAAUGCCAGGCUCGACAGCACCACAGCCUUCGGACGAUGUAGCGGCUACAGUCAAGGCACUUGAUGAUCUUGAUAGCACUUCAUUCAUCACAUCGGUACUUCGAAGAUACCACCUCGUCCGUCUAGUUGAACACCGCAAUCGCCUCUUUGAAAACCACCAGUCGCAGCAUAAUGCAGAAACGGUCAGGCAGUUCAAGUACGGCCAUAGCAAGGUGAAGCAACUCCGGCCACGAGAGGGACAGAAAAAGGCUGCUUCCGCGACGCUCAGAGAUUUGAUGGUAGGAGCAUACCCGCACCUUCACGACGCAUCCAAUCAACCGUUGCACAAUCUCUCCGGCCAGUACGACAAGUCAUAUGCAACCCUCAAACGAAGACUUGGGUAUGGGAAGAGCUGGCACACUCUCGCACAGAAGUUCUCCAUUGGCAUUCUGUGUCUGGUCCCAGUCGCAGGUGAAUUCAGCAUAUACAAUCAUCAGAUCGAGAAGAUGCCGAAUGAAGCGUUCCAAACCUUGCUGUCGCUUUUGUUGGACCACCGUGGUAGUUUCCUACUCAUGUCCAGCCAAAUGCUUUCUCUCCACAUCUUCGACAUUCUGCUACGGCGAGACCUGCGGCAGUGGUAUCCUUUGGAGAACUUCUCGGAUCAAAUCACCUUCAACGAAGGCUACGACUCGUUUGGCCUGGUAAUUGGAUGCACGAACAAGGCUGCAGAGCAUCCAAGAGGGAAUGAAGGAGACGGCGAAGCUUUACAUGUGGAAUGA